GGCAAACAAAAUUCAUCUGUUCCUCGAAUGGAUGCGUUACACGCACCAUUGGAUGACCACAGUCAAGGCGAUCGAACAAGUCAUGUACCGCGAGUUCUUCGGAGUGACUACAGGUAUCCUCCCAGUCGAGGCCGCACAUUGCCAGAUGGAGGCGGCAGACAUAGCCCACUGGCAAUCUCUCACCGCUCUCCCAACCAAAGGUCGAGAGCAGAAGAAGAAGAAAGGAGACAUGACCCCUGCUGA